AUGACUCAGCUGUUUCAAAUUGUUUUCAAUGUUCCAAUGGAAUGUCAGUCAUGUGUAGACUCCGUCAAUCAUGCUCUCGAAUCAUUAAAAGGUCUUGAGAAUAUUGAAGUUGACUUAACGACAGAAACGGUAACAGUGGUUGGGUGCUUGCCACCCUCUGAAAUUGUCAAAAAGAUUCGUGAGACAGGUAAAGAUGCUAUUAUUAGAGGAACCGGUAAGCCAAACUCCGCUGCCGUAUGUAUCCUAGAGUCUUUCGAUCCCAAUGACUUUGAACGACCUGUUAAAGGAUUAGCUAGAUUUGUUGCUGUGAGUGACGAUGAGCUAUUAGUUGAUUUAACUGUCAAUGGACUUCCAAAAGGUACAUAUUAUCCACUGAUCAGGACUUCGGGAAAUUUAAGUGAAGGUGCGUUUUCUACGGGUGGAAUAUUUCACCCAUUUGCACCCAUUGAAGUUGAUCAACUCUCGGACAUUUCCACCAAGAUCAGUUCCAUAGGUGCCUUCAGUCAAUCUACUUCUGAAUUAUGCUCGGGUCAAUCAUUUCUUCAAGCAAAGUUAAAGAUUCACGAGCUAAUUGGAAGAAGUAUGGUGCUUUCUAAGUUGAAAACCGAGAUUAGCAGUGAUGCGCUUUGUGGAGUCAUUGCCAGAAGUGCUGGCGCAUGGGAAAAUGACAAGUCAGUUUGCAGCUGCACAGGUAAGACAGUGUGGCAGGAAAGAGUUGAUGCUGUUAAUAGGGGCGUUACUUCCUAG